AUGCGGUUUCCCUUACCAUAUGGCAUUGGAGAAGACCCUCAUUCAAGCAACUCGGAUGAAAACGUUCUCUGUGAGGCUGGCACACACGCAUGGAUUGAGCAAAAUUGCGCAACUGUUCCUAUACCUCGGCUAUGUGGGCUCGGACUUUCGAAUGGAAGAACAUUCACCUUGCGUGAUAAUUUACCUACGCUCAUUCGUGCUGAAGAGCGUUUGCGUCGCUCAGUACUACCAAUGUCUGGCUACCCACCUUUGGGAAAACCGUAUUUAUUGAUCGAAUACAUCGAUCCAUCACGAGGCAAAUCGCUCUCUGAAACCUGGAAAGAAGGACGCCAUGACACCGAACUUCGCAGCAAUUUCUUCCAUAGCUUGUCACGCGUCAUUUUGGCUCUGGCCCGAACCCCAUUGCCCAAGAUUGGCUCAUUUACGCUCGAUGGCGAUGGAUAUCUGAUCUUGAGCAAUCGUCUUCUUACCAUGCAGAUUCAACAACUAGAGAAUGAACCCAUCCCAGCUGGUCUGCCGCGAAACCUGACCUACGCGUCUGUUGACGCCCAUAUUUGCGACAGACUUGCGUUCCACGAAAGUCGACUCAGGCGUCAGCCUAACGCAAUCAUUGACAUACCAGAUGGUGCUUAUUAA